AUGCUCAAGCCAAAGUUCCACAAGUUCAUGGACCUCUCUGUGGAGCUGCGUCAGCGCAUCUACGCCAUCGCGCUUGAUAUAGACCGACCCAUCAGGCCUCAUCUUUGCGACUAUACCAACGACCAGGUCAUUCAGUUCCAUGACGACAACGCAGAGCAUCACUUCGCCAUCAGCGAUCUCCUCGGAAUCACCCGCGUCAGCAGACAGGUUCGCGAGGACUCAAUUCCCAUGUUCUACUCCACAAACACCUUCUCCAUCAGUUAUGAUACUUCGACUUAUUUCGACCGUCUCGCGUACCUAGGCCGUUUUCACAUGGUUCGCCACGUCCGGUUCCAGAUCGAUAACCGCAAGGAGUGCAUGUCCCCCAGCAUUCUGCGGCGUAUGAAUCAGUACAUCAAGGAGGCAGACGUCUACGAGCAGAAGUUGACCCGUCCCAUCGGCCAACAUCUUUCGUCACUAAAGAAGCAUCCCCAGUACCUCUACGGCGGCUGCCCCGAGCUCAACACCCUCAUCACACUGAUGAAGCUCACCUCCCGCCUCGACAACCAGAACAACGACCAGUACGAAGGUAAAGGCAAAGGCAAAGCCCGCGCCGACACCGAUCCAACCUCCCACUCCAAGCUCGUCGUCCCCGUCUCCUCCGUCGCAAACUUCAUCGCAUACGACGACUACAAAUGGUUCCCAACCGUCAUGUACGGCCUCGGCAUCCAAUUGCACUACGUCGGCAACGUAGACUUCGCCUUCAUCUCCGGCGGCACCGUUGGCAUCACCUGGGAACAGCGUCUCCAAAAGAAGGACUUUGGCGAUAUCCCUGAUUACGUCGAUCCUGUGGAUAGUAGCGGGCAGACGGCGGCGUAUAAGAUGGCGCUUAGGUUGGAUCCGGGGUUGGAGCAGAGGCAGAGGCCCAAGGCGUGGGCUUAUCUGAGGGAGACUUGUACGGGGGGGAAUUCGGAGUCGUUUGAUUUGCCGACUGAGGGGGGUGGGGUUGGGUAUUAG